AAUCUUUAAACCCCUGCGCUAAAUCCCUCCUCCGCACAGGCUCAGCUGCUCGCCGGUAAUAUUGCAUUUUCAGCUACCCGCCACCACCACCACCACCGACGGCGGUGUUGAAACACCCUGUAACCAUUUAUCAUAUAUUUCCUUCAAUUGCGCUAGAUUUAUCCAGCAUUUUGUUCCUGAAUGGCCUUCGUUGUCAAAGUUCCAUUAAGCCCCAGCUUCGCGAGCAGACGCGAACACGCUAACCUGCCAAAUCCUUAUUCGGUCCUGAAAACUGAGAAACCAGCGGUUUCCAGAUUAAGCUAUAGCUUCCCCACUGGGCGAAAUUUUUCGAUCCCCAUGGCAAGCACACAAUCACAAUCUCUCGAGCCCGCGCCUACGGUUGCACCGAAAAAUGUUGGAAUCCCUAUCAUGGUGAAUGGUUGUACUGGGAAAAUGGGUAGGGCUGUGCUUGAAGCCGCCAUGGCUGCCGGACUUAACCCUGUUCCUGUAGCAUUGGGUGGCGAAGAGGAUUCAGGGAAAAUCUUAGACUUUGGUGGGAAACAGAUUGAGGUACACGGGCCAUCCGACAGAGAGUCUACCCUUUCUUCUGUAUUUAACGAUUAUCCGAACUUGAUUGUUGUGGACUAUACAGUGCCGGCUGCUGUGAAUGAUAAUGCUGCAUUAUAUUGCAAAGUUGGAGUUCCUUUUGUAAUGGGAACUACAGGAGGAGAUAGGGAACUUUUGUAUAAGACUGUCACUGACUCAAAGGUCUAUGCUGUGAUUUCUCCUCAAAUGGGUAAACAGGUGGUAGCUUUUCUUGCGGCCAUGGAAAUAAUGGCUGACCAAUUUCCUGGUGCAUUUUCUGGGUAUGAUCUUCAGGUAAUGGAGUCACAUCAAGCUGGAAAGAAGGACAUUUCUGGAACUGCCAAGGCUGUCAUCUCAUGUUUUCAGAAGUUGGGGGCCUCGUUUGAUAUGGAUCAAGUACAACAAAUACGUGACCCGAGGUUACAAGUUGAGAUGGUGGGUGUACCUGAAGAGCAUUUAUCUGGUCAUGCAUUCCACAUAUCAAUUUAUGCUGAGGGCACUGUUGACGCCAUACUUUUCCUAGCAAAGAAGGUUGGUUCAAAAGCGGACAAGCGGAUUUAUGACAUGAUUGAUGUUCUCCGUGAAGGUAAUAUGAGGUGAAGAAUGUCGGAUGACAAUGUGAGGCCCGUAUUUUGUUCUUGUAGCUCUUAUCCCCCAAUAUUUUAUUUCUAGUACUUGGAAUCAAAUUUUUUACUAGUAUGUAUCUUAUGGAUUCUGGAAUUGUAACGUGAAAUCAGAUCAUGUAGCAUAUUCUGGCAAUGGGUAGUGCCAUUGAUGGUUGUGACUACAUUUGGAAAUGCAUUUGUGUCAUCUCCUCAAAACAUAUUAUCUUGAUUGCCAAUUUUAUGGGGAAUAGAAAUGCAUUGUAAAAGCACAAUUUUCAGUCUCAAGAGAGCUUUUUAUGGCGUGAAUAAUAUCAGACUUAAAAAGGCUGGUUAUUAGAUGAAUCUAAAAGCAAAA